AUGAUCGAGCGCGACACCGAGUCCCAACAAAGCCAUGACCAUACCCCUCUCGGUACGCCUACACAUACGACUGAUACCGUACCUGGUCCGGGGCUUGAAGGCCAGUUCUCGGUGGAGCAAGGCAUAGAAAGUGUCCCUUGGCCCGGCCGGACGUUCAUGAUCAGAAAUCGGGCGUCAGAUAGGGUUCUGGCGCGAGAGCAUGGCCGUUUGGUGCUGAAGAGGAUUGCAGAUCUGGCGGUCUGCGGUUGGCAUUGGGCCUGCACGGAGAAGACGGGCAAAUGGCUUGGUUUUCGUGAAACAAGUUCGGGCGUCUACCUUGGACGUGAUAAUCAAGGAGGCUUCAGAGCCUCGACUAUAGAACAUAAGGCGUGGGAGGCUUUCAACGUAAGAAGGCAUCCAGAUGGAGGAUAUCUGCUUUUGUCGAUCGAUUGGUGGUCUCAGAUGUGCAUGGCCGCCGACAUGAAGACCCACCAUGUUGUUGAAAUCGAAGGGUCUGGAGACGAGGGUGGUGUAGCUGCGCUGUGGGAUUUUGUGCAAGUCGAAGCUCAUUUGAUGUAA